CUCUCUCUCUCUCUCUCUCUAGGUUUAAGAGGCCCAUAUAUUCGAAUGCUGUCAUUCUUCGUCUUCCAUAUCUGCGCAGUGUCUGAGAAGAUUAUGACGGCAACAACUCAGUCAUUCAAUGGCAAUCUGAAGAAAGCAGUAGCUGGACUCAGACGAAUUAAUUUGGAAGGCUUAAAAUGGAGGGUGUUUGAUGCAAAAGGACAGGUCCUCGGGAGGCUGGCAUCACAAAUAUCGACUGUAGUUCAAGGCAAGGAUAAGCCUACAUAUACACCCAAUCAUGAUGAAGGGGAUAUGUGCAUAGUAAUCAAUGCAAAAGAUGUAUGUGUCACAGGGAGGAAACUAACUGAUAAGUUCUACCGUUGGCAUACUGGAUAUAUCGGCCACCUCAAGGAAAGGAGUUUGAAAGAUCAGAUGGUCAAGGAUCCUACUGAAGUAAUACGCAAAGCUGUGCUGCGCAUGCUUCCUAGAAACAAAUUACGUGAUGAUAGAGAUAGAAAAUUGAGGAUAUUUGCUGGCAGUGAGCACCCUUUUGGUGACAAGCCACUUGAACCUUAUGAGAUGCCUCCUCGACAAGUGCGUGAAAUGCGACCCCGUGCAAGACGAGCUAUGAUACGAGCUCAGAAGAAAGCCGAACAACAAGAUCAAGGUGUUAGCACAUACACAAGAAAAGGCAAAAGGAGGGAAGAGGUAGAUGCCGAAGUUGGUGAAUCAGAGUAAAUUGUGGUUUUUCGAGUGAUUUUGAUUAAAAUUUGGCCUUCAAUUGCCAUGGAAUUCUUGGUUGGCUAGUGUCCGGAAGUGCUAUUUUCAGUUGCAUGUAUUGUUUUUGAAUGUUGUAAUGUGGUAGUAGGUUGAAAUAUGAUGUUUUAAAUAAGAUUUAAUUAAAGGAAGAUUCUUGGCACGAAAAA